AUGAUUUCAUUUGGAAAAUUAAUACUACUUUUUUUUUCAGUUGCUCUGUUGUUUUUAACAAAUCCUUACUGUGAAUUCUUUUCUCUGUUAUACUAAGAUUAAUUCAGAAUAUAUUAGCAUCAUAUUCAUGAUAAUCUUAAUUAACACUAUAUUCAAAAUGUCAGAAUAGUAAAUGAAACCACAAGCUGUAAUUAUGAUGAGUAACUAGUGGAUAAAACUAAGUAAAAUUACGAAGGAUUAGUUAAAGAAGUAUCUGAGAUCUCAAUUUUUACCAUUUAAGAUGUUAAAAAUGAAAAAUAUUUCUUUUAAUUAUGUGUUACUCUUGAUUAAUACCAUAAUUUCUACUCAGUUUAGAAUGACUAGACAAAAGAUUCCAAUCAAAGUAGUUCUUGUGUUUACAAGGGAUUAAAUUUCCAAUCAAAAGAGAGUCCUAAAUUGUGUCCAAUUUCAGAUAUUAUAUUUUCUGAAGAAGAAAAGAUUGAAGGUUAUGAGAAAUUUGAGAUUUCAAAAGAUAUAAAAACGAGUAUGUUUAUUAAAAGAGAAGACUCUAAUUCUACUCCUUUAGUUGGCUUAUAUUUGCAAAGAAACAAUUUUCUUUAAAAAGUAGAUUUAUUGAGAGAAACAAAAAUAGCAUUUACUUUAAAUGACCUUUGCUCAUCCUAAUAAAAGAAAUAGUAAAUACUAUGCCAAACAGAGAACUAAAAAAAUGAUAUUAAAUAUAACUUAAGUUUAGAAAAUUAAUUUACUUUUGAUAUGAAGUGUAAGAAAGGUAUAUUCAAUUACGAAUACUCUUAUACUCAAAGAGCCUUUGUAAUAUUUAGAUUGAUGAUGUACAGUCUUGCAGUAGGUUACUUUUUUAACAACAACAACUAUUAAAAUCCUAAUUUCUACAAGCAAGUUUUCUUUCCAAAGAUAGUGAAGUGUUUAUAUCUCUUUAUAGGUCUAAGCUUUUUUGAUUACAUCUAUUUUAGUAAUUAACUAAGCUAAGUAGGAGAAGACUGCUUAAUAGAAGAUUAAGGUUUACUUUACUUGAUAGAAAGAAUGACUUAGAGUUAAGCAAUAAUCAUUUUUUAUUUAGUUGUUUACUUGAGUAUCAUUUUAUUAUGGACAGCGUACAAAAAUCACAGUAGUAAUAAAUAUUCUCUUAUAUGA